AUGAUGAUGAGUUCCAUUUCCAAGUACCUGUCACUGAGUGCAGCUGUGAUCUUGCUUCUAGUACUGACAGCCACAGAGGCUGAAGGCAUCCGGCUAGACGCAGAGACCCGGGAGUCCAUCAGCAGCGGCGGCGGCAACCCAGUGCUCAAUAAACCAAUUGACGAUGUGGCUAAGAGUUCUGCUGGAUCAGCAGGCGAGACGACGAGAAUAGCCGGUGCUGUGAGCCAAGUUAAGGCGGUGGCCCAUGGAUUGCCAGAGUUCCAGGAAGACUAUUAUGUUCCAAGUGUUCACAGCCCUAGGCACCACUGA